CCGAAGAGCAGCAACCUGUGAGCCCGUCUUGGCUCACCUGGUUUUAUAUUACAAUGCACAGAGUGUGUGAGUGCUUGAAACAAGUAUUGUGGCAAGCUUCGAGAUUGUGAACAAUUAUCCGCGGUUACCUAACAGUAUGAUGACAGGGUUUCGCGCUGAAUGACACGGGUUGACAAAUCCCAGGGGCAGCAAGAAUAGUGCAGUUAUCGUUAGAAGAGAAAAGCAUAGAAAUGUGCUCUGGUUUUGUAGUGACCAGAGAAGGUAUAGUGCUUUCUGUGAUUUCUAUUGCUUGGUUCAACAAAAGGAUAGCAAACUGUAUCACAUACAAAACCACAUAAGCAAGCACAUUCAAUUUGACACAAAAUUGCUAAUCUUGUGUAAAUUGGUCAUUGUGUACUAUCUACGAAGUGUACUUGCAACAGUCUUUGCACAGGGCACGGUGAGACGAACACGAAAUUGUAUUGUUUCAGUGCACGAAGCCAAAAGCUGGUUAUCUCAAAGCCAAAGGGCACAUAAAUCACCAGCGGUGGCCAACGUAGGAGACUUGGUUGUUCAAAUGGCAAAUUGCCAUGCACGCGACUACAACGUCACGGAAGCCAUACAACUGAACUAAUUCCUGAGCGGUUUCAAUUUCUGUACAAUGCGAACACGUUGCACGAUUUGAAACAAGUACUAGCUGUAACGGGAAGGUUCUUAAGAAGCAGCCGUUCCACUGCAACACCAUUUCAAUGUGUAUCAAACCCUUCUUUCUACGAUCUACAACAUGUUCAACCACAAAGCACUUCAUUUGCUGUACUUCGAAACGAGCCAAACCGAAAGCAACAUAGUCGUUCUACUGCACGCAGCAACGUGCUAGAAAUUACUUUGGAAACUUUGAACUCACCAACGGCGAGCGCACGUGCGUUCAGCAGCGCUGCUUUUACGGCAAAAUUACAUCGCAGAAAGUCAGGUCAGUCUUUUCAGGAUCUCAGCAGCGAACGGCAUUUGAGUGGUCAGUGCAUGCCAAACAACAAAACGUCAACGUUGUUACAAUCGGAAGUAGAAAAAAUACUGCGUUCGUAUCAUAAACAUAGCAUCCAGUGGCAUCUCGAAUACCUUCAAAGCUGCCAGCUCCAAGCAGAGACCAUUCACCACAAAUUUCGGACGUCAAGAUUAUUCUCUGCCAAUGGUCAUAUCGAUACCCGACUUCUAAACCGGGAGCAUUGCGGUGAAACUUUACGUUGCGACUGCACAAUCUAUUUAGAGGAGGUACACAGCUUCGACCAGAUCAAGCAUAUUAGCAUGAGCAACUUUUCUCAUGGCCCCCUCAGUGAAGAAAAGCAACAACAAUUAAACAACCUUCUCGACAGCUUAUACCAACUAAACCUGGAAUCUGUGGGGAAGAACGGUUUACCGCAUUCGGAUGUUCCAAAAAUAAUUCUCACCGAUUAUUCUACGAAAGGUGGUGGUGGGAAGCCAAGUGAUGUUGGCAAAAGUGAGUGCAACAACAACAAUCAUACACAAAACGCUGUAUGUGAUACUGAUGAUGACACUAGCAAUACAAUAUACAGUGGCCAAAUGGCAAACAGCAACACUAAGAAUUGCUUUCUGAAAAUACCAGAAUUUACUGAUUCAAAGCAGCAAACCGGCGUAUUGCAAAUCCCCUUCGGAUAUUGUAGUGAAGCACGUCCACCAUAAAACGAAGUGAAGUGACACGCAAGUUAACGGAUUGUUGGCAUCGCAAAAACUUUGAUGCAGUUCAAAAGUUCAUAAGAAAGUAACGAACUUCUUCCUUUUCUGAAAAAAGAGCACAGUGAAACUAGAAAGGGACGGUACAACUGAACUCAGUUUUAAUGAUAGCAUUUAAAAAAGCAUGGUUUCAAUUAUGGAUGUAGAAUCAAACAGACCAAGCUGUGAUAACCGUGUAAUACUAUCACAAAGUGCAGUCAGCCAGAAAUCGAUAGACCUCGAUCUUUCACCGAAAUCAACUAACUCUGCUACGAAGGACGAAGAAGAAUUGACCGAUUUGUCGGCGUUAACUGGAAGUGACCAACAGCAGCAUCUGAGCCACAGUAAACUCAGCACAACGCUGGUAGCAACCCCGGCAGUUAGUGCAAGCUGCAGCAACAGCAUCAUCAGCGCAACCAAUUCCACCAAUGCUACUGAAACAGAUCUUGCCAAGAGAACAAUGAAGUUAGAUCUGGUAGAUACUUCCAGCAAUCCAGUUCGAUCGAUGAGCACAGCAUCCUCUAGUGCAAGUGCAGCCAGCACUACUCAAUCAACAACUUCCACUUCCGUGGUGACAACAACUACAACCGCCAUCAUCAUGAAACAUCGUAAAUUGAAAGAACGUACUUUUAGCGAUGACAUUGGGUCUCCAAAAUCUCCCGCAUCUACAUCAGGCGCUGGGCGUGUUUUUGGGAUGUUAACGAUACUGUCAAAUCAAACCAUGAUCACUACGCAAGUAGAAGUAGUGGACGAUCGUAAAGCUCUACGGGACGCGCUGUAUCAAGGGAUCUUCCAUCGUCACCGGCGGACUAUCUUUGCUGUGGGCAGUUUCCUACGAAUGUUGAAAAGCAGAAACUCGUCCUACAACACGAUUCGCAGCUCAUCUGAAGGAGAAGACGACACACGAUAAUGAACAAAACACUUUAUCUAAUGCAUUCCAUUGUCAAACUUAAACUAUAUAAUUAUCGAUCAAUCAAUUUCUUCGCAGUUUCCGUUAAUACUGUUAUAUACUGUUUACUGCGUUAUUCUUUGGCAGCUAAAAUGCUCACAUAUUAAUCCCACCGAAAGAAGUAAGUGUUUAAUUUUGUGCUUUCUAAAAGCAUAAAUGCGAAUUUAAACAAACCGAAGUUGUGUGCCCACAUGUUAGGAUUCCGCCAUGCACCAAACGCUUACCACGAACAAUUGCAAAACAUGGAAUAUGUUUUGCUCCCUGUCAUCAAAGAUUUUAUUUAUAUAAUUCUCUUACGUAUUUUUGUUAAUAAAACGACAGGUUUUACGAACAGGUUAUUACGACAGGUAAACGAAUAAAACGAAUAUUAUAUUACACGGCGUGUUUGUGAUAAACCGUUAUGUCGACAAACCACAUUCCAUACUUAAAUAAAUCAAGUAAAACUCCGAUGCUCACGAAUCUAGCUUCAGAGUUCAAAACUCGCUUGAUUCCUCAUUGCUUUUGAGAUGGUUGAUCAAGGACAAGAGCUUAUUUCCAUUAUGCAUUCCUGCAUUCCACGUGGUAGAAUAACAGCCAAUUGAAUGGACUUAAAAUAAUUACUUAUACUAACAUUGCUAUUCCAAAGGACGUUGAAGUAGGUUUUAGAAAACGAAAGUUCAGUUCCUCACAUGCUUCAAAUGCAUAGGACUAACAGACCAAUUCUAAAAUGAGUGAUAAUAAUUGAAAAGUAUCAUGCUUAGGCAUCGUUUAUUCAUUUCUUCGACUACAACCAUCAACACUUUUGACUUUAUAACUUUAAAAGAGCGACCAAACACACUAUUUGCCCUGUCGUUUGAAACCAGUUCAAAACUAUUGGUUAUGAAUCCAUAAUGCUUUAGAACAGAACAUACGAUAGAAAGCGUGUACAAUGAGAGAUGAGUCAUUGAGCAAAGUUACUACAUGUUUUGUUCUUUUUAACUCUUACAGACAAUUUACGAUUACUUAGUUGAUUACGUCGCAUGAUCUUAGUAAAAAUCUGUGUAAACCAUGCAACCCCUAUUACCAACGCAAAUGCUUUUCCUUUGCCUAUUUAGAAUUUUUCCCUUUAGUUUGCAUUGCAAAUAAACUUGUCACACGCGAAAGAAACAUGAAAAGGCAAUGAUCGGAAAUAAGAAAAAAAAUGCAUAGAAAAGAACGAAUGAAACAAGAACAUUACCGAUUCAAUAUUAACUGCCAAUUGAAUACAAUCAAGAAGAAGUUGUGCGAGAAGUUAACAGACCAGCUUGGAACGAAAGAUUAGAAGCGACGGAGAAUGGAAUUAGUUAUUAUUAUAAGUAUGGAAAUUCAUUCCAGCUGAACAAAUCCAACGUAAGAUUUUUAUGCCAAAAGCAACAUUGAAUUAUCAAACAUCGCAAGUGACAGAUGACCAACAAAAAAGAAAAAAUAUAAAACGAACAGUUACGAUGCAGACCUUCUACCAAAAAUGUAUUUUCAAGAAAAACCUUUUACCAAAUAUGAAGACGAAUUGCCUAUACCUCCUACAAAUGGGUUCAGCUUGUGUGUUAUAAUAGUUAUCGUAGUUAUAAUAUUGCAUAGCAGUGUAAACAAGAAUUGCAUAUAAGGGAUGAACAUUUUGCGACAAGAAAGAUGUAAGGUUGCGCGCGACUUUAACUCACGGCUACCUUACUAUCUACAGCGCAUGUUGUAAUUUAUUACUUACAUUAAUCCGAAAGAACGAGCUCUCUUGGUCGCUACGCCUGUCUCAUUGUUGUCGAUUUUUAUACAAAAAAGGUGUCUGCUGAUCAUAGGAGAACUCAACGAACAUUUAAAAUAAAGUAAAUUAAUAGUGAAUGAUAUGUGGUGCAUAGUUAAAUUAGUUUUAAACGCAGUGAAGAAGAACACAGGCACCUCAACGGGUUCACGCAAGGGCAAAUAAAUUAAGACACAAAAACUACAAGCACUAUGGCGGAAUGAGGCCGCCUAUGCUUAUCGUCGAGAAUGAGCAAGAAGACGUGGUUUAGGUAUAUGCAACAGUAGAGCACAUUAACAUAAAAACAUAGGUCACGUAGCAAACAAUUGGAUAAAAACGUUGCUAUACAGCCAUGGUAGACUGAUGAAGAUCACGACGUGCAUUUAGCGAACUGUCUAGCUGAAUGAAAGAGUUUAAAAGAAAAAAAGAGAAUGUAACAUACAUGCAUAGGCAAGCAUGUUAGCUCAUAUAACGGAACAAACAAAAAUAAAAGGCCGAAUGUGUGUGGUUUUCAAAGUUGGCAGGUAUUCGAUUUUUUACAUUAAAAAUGUGUUUAAAAGUGUUUCGGAAAAAAACAGUCCACAAUUUUGAUGAUCGUUUCGUGCAUUUGAAAAUAUAUGAAGACAUUUUUGUUUUUACCGCGACAGCUCGAGCUGCAUUUCAAGGUUUGUUUGUCGAACAUUAUUAUGAUAACAAUCAGUAUUCAAAUGAACACUGUCUGCACUUGAUUUGUUACCGAUAUUGUUUAAUUCAUUUCCAACGAUGUAUUGAAUAAACGUGAAC